AUGUUUAUUACUGAGAAUGGCAGGAUGAGCUGCGAUUUAACAUUUCCAAUUCUCAAACAAAUAACCGUGCGACAAUGUCAACAGAGCAGAUGGGCCAACCGAAAGACCCUGGCCAAGUGGGGCUCGAUCGGGAUUCUGCCAGCAAAACCCGCGUUUGCCCCUCGUCUGGUCGGGCUCGAAAAUUAUUUACCCCGCCAAUCUUCCACAGCCCACAACACAACAGCAAAGCUUUCGCUCCCCGCAUUCCACCACAGCGGGAAUCCGGUCGCCACACCCAGAAAUAGGAAGAUGGCCCUCCCAUCUACAGUGCCUCCCGUCCUCUCAACGCCCGAAUCCCACAUCUUCGAAGACCCGACGCCUCCCUCCUCGACAGAGCAAGGACCUCGCUACGAUGAUACGCAGAUCCGCGAGAUCUUCGAGAUUGAGCGGACGAUUCGGAAGCUGAGGGAGGGAGGGUAUCGGAGGGGGGCGCUGCAGUUUCCGGAUGCGAUGCUCCGGGAUGCGGUCCGGGUUUUCGAACUCCUCGAGCUCGAGUGUACGAGGCUGGGUCCGCCUCAGCGCCAGACCGACUCGAAUCAGCAGAUAGAGGUGCGGGCCGGGGAGCUCCUGGAGACGAGUAUCAACGCCCUAUCUCUAUCGAGUGCGGGAGCUGGGGGGUCAAAGGGAGCUUCGAGCGGUGCAGCGGAUGGAGAGAGGGUGCGGUUUACGAUUCUCGCGGAUACGUCCUACGGCUCUUGCUGCGUCGACGAGAUAGCCGCCGAGCACGUCUCCGCCGACGUGGUGGUGCACUAUGGACGGUCGUGUCUGUCGCCUACUGCACGGCUGCCGGUGAUCUACGUCUUUACUUCGCACCCGCUGCCUCUCCCGUCUCUGAUACAGUCUUUUGAGAGCACCUUCCCGGAAAAGGGAGAGAAGGUGCUGUUGAUGGCCGAUGUAACAUACCACGCUCACGUUCCAGCUAUAAAAGAGGCACUUUUAGAUAGAGGGUAUACGGAUAUUGUAGCCCCGGAAGUGAUACAUGAGCCAGAGAGUGUCGUCCCAAAUCGAAGGGUGGAAGAGGGGGUGAGGGAACGGCUGGGGGAGUACAGCCUCUUUCAUGUUUCUGAACCGCCUCCUGCGCUGCUACUUACGCUUGCCUCGAGGGUAAAGGAGAUGUACAUCUAUCCCACAGCACUCUCAAGAUCCGAGUCGGUAGUCACACCAGAAGCUCUGAAGACACAGACGAACAUGAUAUUGCGCCGUCGCUACGCCCUCCUCACACACCUCUCCACCGCACCUAUCCUUGGCAUUCUGAUCAACACACUCUCCGUCUCGCACCAUCUCGCCGCUCUCUCAACUAUCAAGAAGUUGAUAGAGAAAGCCGGGAAGAAAAGCUAUACGUUUGUGGUGGGGAAAGUGAACGCCGCUAAAUUGGCCAACUUCUCGGAGAUCGGCGGAUGGGUGGUUGUCGGGUGCUGGGAGAGCAGUCUGGUGGAUGGCGAAGGCUUCUAUAGGGGUGUCGUGACGCCGUUUGAGUUAGGGGUUGCAUUGCAGGGGGAGCGGCGGGUGUGGGAUGGGAGUUGGAGGGGAGAUUUUGGCGCUAUCGCCGGGACCGAAAUCCCGGCUGUUGAACACGCGCAGGUCCAAGGGUCGGAUGAAAUCGAGUCCCAGGGUAGAGAGAACGGCGCGGGCGCCGACGCGGACGAGGGGGGUAGGGAUGCGCACGGAGAUGACGGAGAUGAUUCGGAGGAGGAAUCCGAGCCUCCCGAGUUCGACCUCCGAACUGGCCGCUACAUCUCGCAUUCCCGACCCAUGCGUCCCUCUCGCCAGACCUCCGCCCCGGUCCCAAUCUCAACCCCGGCGGCCGCCCCGGGUGACGCUACUACAGAAACAGAAGCUUCGAACGUGUUGACGAGGAGAGCCAAGGGCGACCUUGCCACGAUCAACGGGGCGGUGAGUCCAGGAGCGGAAUAUCUGCGCUCUCAGAGGACGUGGACGGGACUGGGAAGCGAUUUCCUGGAGGGGGAGGACGCUCCGGAGGCCGGUAUUGAAGAGGGGAGGGGUGGCGUCGCGAGGGGGUAUAGGGUUGGUGGCGAGGGAGAGAGGAGAUGA